GCCAGUUGGACCAGAAGCUGCGGGAAGCAGGCCGGAACUGAGGAGCCAGAACUGGUCCUCACUCCCUGCCACGGGGCUCUGCCACCUUGCCACCCUGGUGCUGGCCCUGCCAGUGCUGUCGGAUGCCCAGAUGCUGGAUGGACUCGCUGCAGAAACAGGACCUCCGGAGGCCCAAGAUCCAUGGGACAGUCCGGUUGACCCCCUACCAGCCGCCCACGCUUUCCUCGCUGCAGCGGCUGCUAUGGUCCCGCCGGGCUGCCACGCUGACCCACGUCAACGAGGUCUGGCCCAACCUCUUCCUGGGAGACGCGUAUGCUGCCCGGGACAAGAGCAGGCUGACUCAGCUGGGCAUCACCCACAUUGUGAACGUUGCUGCAGGCAAGUUUCAGGUGGACACAGGUGCCAAGUUCUACCGCGGAAUGCCCGUGGAGUACUACGGAAUUGAGGCCGAUGACAGCCCCUUCUUUGACCUCAGUGUCUACUUUUUGCCUGUAGCUCGGUACAUCCGAGGUGCCCUCAGCAUCCCCCGAGGCAGGGUGCUGGUCCACUGUGCCAUGGGGGUGAGCCGCUCUGCCACGGUUGUCCUGGCCUUCCUCAUGAUCUGCGAGAACAUGACGCUGGUGGAGGCCAUCCAGGCGGUGCAGGCCCACCGCGACAUCUGCCCCAACUCCGGCUUCCUCCGGCAGCUCCAGGUUCUGGACAACCGACUGGGGCAGGAGACGGGCCGGCUCUGACCUGGUGGGCAGCCAGGAGCCCCAACCCUCUGGCCAGCAUGGCCCAGCCAGACCAGCUUAGCCCUGGGGACAGCAGCCUCUGCUGUUUCCAGUGACCCUGAGAUGUAAAUAGCAAGUGGGGGCUUAGCUGAGGCAGAGGCAGGGAUAGCUGGGUAGUGGACAGCUGAGCAGAUGGAAUUCCCUGACCCAAUCCAGAGAUUCUUUAUGCAAAAGAGAGUUCAGUCUGUCUCUAU